AUGAUAAAUAAAAAUUACAACUGCAAUUUAUCUAAACAUAAUGAAAACUAUCAACGUAAUAUAAGUAACAUAUUUAAUAGAUCCAACAUGUGGACGGUGAAAAAAUGUCAUAUGAGAGAAAAAAUAAUUAAAUUUCCAAUUCUGAUCAAAAUAAUUACAUAUACUAUUUUAAUAUGGGUAAUUCACUUAUCUCCUAAUAAUAAUUGCACCUCAUAUAAUUCAUGGAAUAGCAAUGCGAAUAAGUUAGAUAAAAUUUCAAAUUUUAAUUUCAAAAGAUCAUUAACAGAAAUUGAUGAAACAAGUGAGUCUGUUUUUCCAACGCAAGAUGUAAAUGUUGCAUUCAAUUCAGAAGAUGGUGCAAGUACAACCGAAAAUUUAGAUAAUGAUGAUUUUAAUAAGGUUUUUUUAAAUCAUUUAGAAAAUAGUGAUGAGCUAAAUGAAGAUAUACUGGAAGAAUUGAAGAAAAAGCUUGAGGAAAGCGAAUUAAAUGAUGAUGUAUUAGAUAAAGUAGAAGAAAGUGUAAAUGAUGAUAUGUUAGAUAAAGUAGAAGAAGAAAGUGUAAAUGAUGAUUUGUUAGAUAAAGUAGAAGAAAGUGUAAAUGAUGAUAUGUUAGAUAAAGUAGAAGAAGAAAGUGUAAAUUAUGAUUUGUUAGAUAAAGUAGAAGAAAGUGUAAAUGAUGAUAUGUUAGAUAAAGUAGAAGAAGAAAGUGUAAAUUAUGAUUUGUUAGAUAAAGUAGAAGAAGAAAGUGUAAAUGAUGAUUUGUUAGAUAAAGUAGAAGAAGAAAGUGUAAAUGAUGAUUUGUUAGAUAAAGUAGAAGAAGAAAGUGUAAAUUAUGAUUUGUUAGAUAAAGUAGAAGAAAGUGUAAAUGAUGAUAUGUUAGAUAAAGUAGAAGAAGAAAGUGUAAAUUAUGAUUUGUUAGAUAAAGUAGAAGAAGAAAGUGUAAAUUAUGAUUUGUUAGAUAAAGUAGAAGAAGAAAGUGUAAAUUAUGAUAUAUUAGAUAAAGUAGAAGAAGAAAGUGUAAAUGAAGUGGAGGAAACUGAAGCAAGUGAGGUAUUUUAUAAUUUACUAAAGAACGAUGAAUUAAGUGAAGAAGUACCUUAUGACACAUUAGAAAACAUAGAAGAAAGUACAAAUAUAAAUGAUAACGAACUUGAUAAUACGCAACUUACUGCUGAAGUAAUUGAUAAGGUAUUUGGUAAAGUAGAACAGAAUGAAGAAACACAUGUUAAAAUAUUUGAUAAUGUACAAGAUAUAGAAGAAGUAAAUGAUGAAGUAUUUAGUGGUGUGGAACUAAAUGAAAGAGACCAUGAUAACAUAUUAGAUAAUCCACAACAUACAGAAGAAGUAUUUGAUAAAAUAUUUGGUAAAAUAGAACAAAUUGGAGAAGUAUAUGAUAACGAAGAAGUAAAAGAUAAAGAGUUAGAAGAUGUAUAUCAAAAUGCUUUUGAUAAUAUAGAGGAACAUGCAGAAGAAGUUUCCCAGGAAUACGCGCAUGAGGCUGUAGAAGAUGAAAGUACACUGAAUUUUUUAGAAGAAAUAGAAGAAAAUUUAGUAGAUAAUUUAGAAGAAAGGGUAGAACAGAAUGGGGAGGAUGUAAAUGGUAAUUUUUUAGAAAAUUUAGAAGAAAGUAAAGAACAUAUAGAAGAUAGCUUAUUAGAUAAUGUAGUUGAAAACCAAGACGAAAAUGUAAAAGAUAACAUCUUCGAUUUUCUAGAACAAAAUAAAGAAACAGAUGAAACCUCAUUGGAAAAUAUAAAGGAAUUAGAAGAUGGAUUGUUAGAUAAUAUGGAAGAAAAAGUAGAAGAAAACAAAAACGUUUUGAAUGACUUGUUAGAGAAUAUAAAAAACGAUGUUGAAAAAGAGGAAAACAUAUUAGAAAGUUUACAAGAAAUAAGAGAUGAUAUGUUAAAUAAUGUACUUGUAACGGAAGAGCCAAGGGAAGAAUUGUCAGAUAAUUUAGAAGAAAAUAUAAAUGUAAAUGAGGAAGUAAAUGAAAAUGUUUUACAUAGUUUAGAAGAAGUAAAAGAAUGCGUAUUAGAAAAUUUAGAAGAAAAUGGAGAAUUAAAUGUAGAAGGUAAUGAACUAGAUAUUUUAAAAGAAGUGAAUGGGGAAUUAUUAGAAAAUUUUGAAAAAAAAGUAGAAACAAAUGAAAAUGCAUUGCUAAAUGUAUUGAAUUUAGAAGAAGUAGUAAUGAACAAAGAUGCAUUAGAACAUGUUUUCAAAAAUAUAAAUGGAAACGAAGAAACGAAGAAGGAAAACACAGAUGUUGUAGGAGGUCCUGUAACAGGUGAUAAGGAAGAAUCUACAGAAGUCGUUGCAGAAGAAGAUGUGGAAGAAAAUGAAGAGAUAGGUGAAGAAGAAAAUGAUGAAGAAACAGCAGGAGAAAAUGAAUAUUCAGAAGGUAUGUUAAAAAAUGCUGACAAGGACUUUAAAGAAACGUUAUUAAAUAUGUUUUCAGGAGAUGUGCAAGGAUUGGAAAAGGAACCAGAAAAGUUUUAUGAAAACUUAAAUAAAAACUUAUUAAGUAUGUUUUCCGGAAAUAAAAAGGAAAUCGAAAAAAAUGAAUCAGAAACAUUAAGUGAAGAGGAGGAUGUGUCUACUGAUAAUACUGAGACUGAAAAUGAUGAAGCUUUGUUCCAAGGACAAAGUGAAGAAGAGAUUAAACAAAAUGUACAAAAAAUACUUUCUGGAAACGUGAAACUACCUGAAGAAUUAUCAGAAAAAUUAAAUGUAGACCCCCAAAAAAGUUUACUAGAUUUAUUAUCAGGUAAUUUUGACCUAGAAGAAGGUGAAACUGAUGAUUUAGAUGAAGAAGAUGAAACUUUGAUGGACAAUAUGAGAGAGUACUUAGAAAAAACUGUUCAAGAGAAUAAUGAACAUAAUACACAAGAAGUUGUAGAAGAAGUAGUACAAGAAGCAGCAGAUGAAAUUAUGGAAGAAAAUGAGGAUAAAAAUGUAUCAAUUAUAGUAGAUAAUAAUUUUGGAGAAGGUGGUGUCAAAGAAGUAGUACAAGAAGCUUCAGAAGAAAUAAGGAAAGAAAAAGAAGAAGGAGAUGUAUUAGUAGCUGAAGAAGUCAAAACUGAAGACAUCAAAGAAGUAGUACAAGAAGCAGCAGAUGAAAUUAUGGAAGAAAAUGAUUACAAAAAUGUAUUAGUUAUUGGAGAUAAUAUUGGGGAAGACGUCAAAAAAGUAGUACAAGAGGCAACAGAAGAAAUUAUGCAAGAAAAAGAAGAAAAUACAGUACUUAUUGGUGAAGAUAAUAUUGAAGAAGUGAAUGAAGUGGUACAAGAGGCAGCAGAUGAAGUUUUAGAAGAAAAAAAAGAAGAAAAUGUAGCAGUAUUUUCAGAAGAUAAUAUUGAACAAGAUGUUGAAGAGGUAGUACAAGAAGCUGCAGAUAAAAUAAUGGAAGAAAAUGUAUUAGUAACUGAAGAAGUUAAAACUGAAGACGUCAACGAAGUAAUACAAGAAGCUGCAGAUGAAAUUAUGGAAGAAAAAAAAGAAGAACGUGUAGAAGUAGUUUCAGAAGUUAAUGUGGAGGAAGACGUUGAAAAAGUAGUACAAAAAGCAGUAGAAGAAAUAAUGGAACAAAAUGAUAAAGAAAAUGUAGGAGUUAUUGGUGAAGAUGUUACCGAAGAAGAUAUUGAAGUAGUAAAAGAAGCGGCAGAUGCAAUAAUGGAAAAAAAAGAAGAAGAAAAUGUAUCAGUUAUUGGAGAUAAUAGUAUUGGGGAAGACGUCAAAGAAGUAGUGCAAGAAACUGCAGAUAAAAUAAUGGAAGAAAAUGUAUUAGUAACUGAAGAAGUUAAAACUGAAGACGUCAACGAAGUAAUACAAGAAGCAUCAGAUGAAGUUUUGGAAGAAAAAAAAGAAGAAAAUGUGUCAGUAAUUUCAGAGGAGAAUAUUGAAGAUGAUGUCGAAGAAAUAGUACAAGAAGCUGCUGAUGUAAUUGUUCAAGAAAAAGAAGAAAAUUUGGCAUUUAUUGGAGAAGAUAAUUUUGAAGAAUAUAUUAAAGGAGUAAUACAAGAAGCAGCAGAUGAAGUUUUAGAGGAAAAAAAAGAAAACAAUGUAGCAGUAUUUUCAGAAGAUAAUAUUGAACAAGGUGUUGAAGAGGUAGUACAAGAAGCUGCAGAUAAAAUAAUGGAAGAAAAUGUAUUAGUAACUGAAGAAGUUAAAACUGAAGACGUCAACGAAGUAAUACAAGAAGCUGCAGAUGAGAUUAUGGAAGGAAAAAAAGAAGAAAGUGUAGCAGUAUUUUCAGAAGAUAAUAUUGAACAAGAUGUUGAAGAGGUAGUACAAGAAGCUACAGAUAAAAUAAUGGAAGAAAAUGUAUUAGUAACUGAAGAAGUUAAAACUGAAGACGUCAACGAAGUAAUACAAGAAGCAUCAGAUGAAGUUUUGGAAGAAAAAAAAGAAGAAAAUGUGUCAGUAAUUUCAGAGGAGAAUAUUGAAGAUGAUGUUGAAGAAAUAGUACAAGAAGCUGCAGAUAAAAUAAUGGAAGAAAAUGGAUUAGUAACUGAAGAAGUUAAAACUGAAGACGUUAACGAAGUAAUACAAGAAGCUGCAGAUGAGAUUAUGGAAGAAAAAAAAGAAGAAAGUGUAGCAGUAUUUUCAGAAGAUAAUAUUGAACAAGAUGUUGAAGAGGUAGUACAAGAAGCUACAGAUAAAAUAAUGGAAGAAAAUAUUUCAGUACUUUCAGAAGAUAAUAAUAAAGAUAUUAAAGAAGUAAUACAAGAAGCUGCAGAUGAAAUUAUGGAAGAAAAAAAAGAAGAAAGUAUAGCAAUAGUUUCAGAAGAUAAUAUUGAACAAGAUGUUGAAAAAGUAGUACAAGAAGCUGCAGAUAAAAUAAUGGAAGAAAAUAUAUCAGUACUUUCAGAAGAUAAUAAUAAAGAUAUUAAAGAAGUAAUACAAGAAGCUGCAGAUGAGAUUAUGGAAGAAAAAAAAGAAGAAAGUAUAGCAAUAGUUUCAGAAGAUAUUGUUGAACAAGACACCAAGGAAGUACUACAAGAAGUUGCUGAGGAAAUUAUGGAAGAAAAGGAAAAAGAAAAUGUAUCAAUUAUUGGAGAUAAUAGUAUUGGGGAAGACAUCAAAAAAGUAGUACAAAAAACUACAGAUGAAGUUUUAGAAGAAAAUGAAGAAGGUACAGAAGAAGUAGAUUUAAAAAGUGACAUAUUAGAUAAUUUAGAAGUAGAUGCAGAAACAACUGAAGGUGAGCAAGAAAAAGAUGGGGCAGAUUUACAAGGAGAUUUAUUUAAGAUGUUACCCAGAAACGUGCAUAUGAAUAAACAGUUAUUAGGUAAACUACAGGAUUUUGUAAAAUCGAAAGAAAAUGUAUCCAGUAUGAUAAAGAGGGCCACAGGUCGAGAUGUACCGGAAUCAGAAAUUGAAUCCUUGAGAAAUAUGUUUUCAAAAUCUAUUAAGAAAAGUGGACAGAAGAAAAAAGAUAAUGUAAAAUUAUCUGAAAAAUCCUUGUCAGAUAAAGGGUCAGUAGAAAAGGGAAAAAAGAAAAAAUCAAAAGAUAAAAAAUCAAGAAAAAAAUUACCAAGUAAAUUAGUUCAAGAGGAAAAGAAGGAAAAACAAAAGGAUGAAAAAGAAAAAGUUGAAAAACUGAAGGUUGAAAAGCAGAAGGGUGAAAAGCGAAAGGGUGAAAAGCGAAAGGAUGAAAAAGAAAAAGUUGAAAAACUGAAGGUUGAAAAGCAGAAGGGUGAAAAGCGAAAGGGUGAAAAGCGAAAGGAUGAGAAACAAAAGGAUGAGAAACAAAAGGAUGAGAAACAAAAGGAUGAGAAACAAAAGGAUGAGAAACAAAAGGAUGAGAAACGAAAGAUUAAAAAACCAAGAAAGAAAAUGUCGGAGAAAUUAGUAAAAAGUGAACAGGAGAAGUUAACUGCACAAAAUUUUAAGGACAAAGCACAUGACUUGUCGCAAAAGGUGGGAUUAAAUUCAGAAACAGUUAAAAAACAUGUGACAACAGUAAAGAAUUUUGUUCACAGGGUAGAUGAAGAAGUUGAAAAAGAAGUAAAUAGAGCGUUCAGCUCAAAACGUGAAACGAAAGAUGUCGUUAAGACUAGCGAAGGAUUUUUUAGUAAAUUAAAAAAUUUAAUAAAUAAAUAUAAAAUAUUUACCAUACCCUUUUUCACUGGAAUGGGUUCUGUAGGACUAUUUGCAUUUGGAGCUGUUGUUUCCUCUAUAUUGUCAUCAUGCAUAACCAUAUUUGCAGUAUCAUAUCUUUUAUCAAAGGUAGAUACAACAGUGAACAAAAAGAAGAAAAGACAAUUUUAUUCCUUGUAUGUCGAUUUGUUUAAUGAAUUGCAACAUAGUAUAGGGGCUUAUUUAUCAAGUUUUUAUGAUAAAACCGAGUAA